AUGAAGCUUGGAAUAUAUGAAGUAGGAAUUCUACCAUCUUCUAUUAAAAGAUAAAAUAAAGAAUUGUAACCAUUUUAACAAUGGCAAUUUUUAGGGAAAAAUUAUUUAUCCGCAACUUUCAUUAGUUUGCUAGAUUUAUUUAUUAAAACUAAUAACAAUGGAGCAAUAGAAUAAUUGGCAAAUCCUAAACCAAGUUAUAAAAAUCAAGAUUCCCUUUAAAUUUCUCAGUUUAUUAAUAGUCUAAGAACUAAAUAAAUUAAUACAAAAGAAUUUUUCAUUUUAUUAAAAAAUAUAGACAAUCUUAAUACAAAAUGUGGAUAACUAUUAGAUGAAUUUUGUGACAUUAAAGGAUUAAGAAAAACAUAAACUGAAGCAAGGGUAACAACUGAAAAAAUUUCACAAUACUUUUCCCUUUAAAUUAAUUUAAUUGGAUAGCGCUCUAUUGGCAAUUCUAUUUAAUCGUAAAUAUACUUUUAUAAGAAUGAUGAUGGGUUUUAUCUGAUUAAAUAAACAAGUCCUAUAAUUUAAUAUUUGAAUCCACCAAAAUAAUAAUGCUUAAUGUGUUCUCAUAAAUGUGAUGAUUAUUUUAUUAAUUCUGAUUGUUUACAUAUAACUUGCUGGAAAUGUUUAAGGGAAAAAGUUAAAAAGAGUAGUUCAUUAUAAACUAUUUAAUGUAAUAAUGGUUGUAAGGAUAAAAUUCUAGUACGAGAUGCAUAAUAAUAUAUAAAAGAAGAAUAAAAUAAAUAAAAUUUGGAAUAAUCAUUAAUAUUAUCAAAGUCUUAAUAGUUUGGAAAAGAUAAAUGUGAACCUUAAACUUUUCAUAGCUAAAUUAUAAAUUAAAAUUCUAAUUAGGUUUUAUAUGAUAAUCUUGCUGAUUCAACUUAUUAAAUAUGUAAUUAUUGUAGUUAACCCUACAAUUAGCAAUUAUAUAUUAAUAAAUCUUGUAAUCAUAAAUUUUGUAUAGAUUGUUUCAAAUAAAGAAUCUUUAAAAAAGGAUAAGCUUGUGCAGUAAAAGAUUGCAAUAAAGCAAUUGAUGAUAAUUUCUUCUAAUAACGAAUUUAGCUAGAAAAUGACACUUAAUAAUAUUAAAAAUCGAUACAAAAUGAAAUUUAAUAAAAUUAAAAACCCAAACAAACUGACAUUUAAUAAAAUUAACAACCCAAAUAAAUAUCAAAUAAUUAAAUGACGAAAUGUAAUAAAUGUAAGAAUGAGUAUAGUAUAAAAAGUUUGUAUAAAGAUAAAAAAUGUUUCCAUUUUAUUUGUUUCUCUUGCAUAUAAUAGUAGGUUCAAAAUUUAUUAAAGAAAUAGCAAAAAUUAUAUCAAGUAAGAUGUCCUUGUUGUACAAAUUAUUUUGGAACAGAUUUCGAAUAAUAUUAUGAUCAAUAACAAUUUUAAUUAGUAUAAGAGAGGAUAUAAUCUGAUGAAUAAUUAUAGAAGGAAGAAGAAAGAUUACUUUUUGAAUCAAUAUAAUUGUCAGCUUUUUAAAAAGAAAAAGAAGAAAAAUAAAAAUAAUUGUAAAAUUUCGAUUAAGUUUCAAAUUAAAAAACUGAAAAAUAUUCUUCGAGAUUUACCUUUUCUCAAGAGUAACAACAAUAAUAAUAAAGAAAUGAAUAAUAAAAUAAUUCUUCAUCAGUAAAAAAUCUUUUACAAUCAACUUAAGAUAAAAAGGUUCAAGAAGAUAUAUAAUAAAAAGUUGAGAAAGGUGAAUGUACAAUGUGUUAAACAAACUUUUCACAAUAUAAUAUGAGACAAUAAAUUGAUUGUGUAUAUCAUAAAAUUGGAGUUUGUUGUUCUAUAAAGUUUGAUAAAUGUCCAUAAUGUGAAUAAAAAAAGGUGAAUCCUUAAAUGAUCAGAGUCAAAUGUACUAUUUAAAUCAUAAUUAGAAAAACUAAUUUUGCAAACUUUCAUUUAAAAAGUUGAAUUCAAUUAUUCUCAUAUAUAUAAUUCCUCGUCUAUACAAUCUAAUAAUGUAAAAGCAGAGGAUUACUCUAGAAUUAAUUCUCGCGCUAAUAAUGAUUAAUCUCAAACUAAAUCAUAAUAUAGAAAUAGCACAAUGGAUAAUAAUAUUAUCAGAAGUCAGGCUGUCCCGUAAAAUAGGGUAGUGAAUAAUUAUGGGGCAGGAUACAGAAAUUGA